GAAGAAGAAAGAGUAAAGUGGAGUAAACAGAGCGAAUUGUUGGAGGUUUGUUGAAGAACGUCAAUAAAAACACGUGACUGUAAUGAGAAGAAACGGAUUCAAAUUCAUCUUCACGUCAAACGACAAUGUCGCUCUCCUCAGUCUGACGUCAUCACAAAAUGGCCGCUCAACUGUUUGCCGUUAGCAAGCCGCCGACUACUCCUUCCUCCAGCUGCAGUACCACUACUGUCCAGCAGGAAGAGCAGCAGAACGUGACCAACAACAACAGCAGCAGCAUCGGUGCACAGAGCUGCUGCAACUGGCAGGGUCUGUACCCGAGCAUCAGAGAGAGAAACUCUGUCAUGUUCAACAAUGAGAUGAUGGCAGACGUGCACUUCGUGGUCGGACCACCGGGCGGAACGCAGCGACUGCCAGGACACAAGUACGUCCUGGCGGUCGGAAGCUCCGUCUUCCACGCCAUGUUCUACGGAGAACUGGCUGAGGAUCAGGACGAGAUCCGGAUCCCUGAUGUGGAGCCGCCCUCCUUCCUCGCCAUGAUGAAGUACAUUUACUGCGACGAGAUCGACCUGUGUGCCGACACGGUGCUCGCCACGCUGUACGCCGCCAAAAAGUACAUCGUGCCUCACCUGGCUCGAGCUUGCGUCAACUUCCUGGAGACGAGCCUGAGCGCUAAGAACGCGUGCGUGCUGCUGUCUCAGAGCUGCCUUUUCGAGGAACCCGACCUGACGCAGCGCUGCUGGGAGGUGAUCGACGCUCAGGCCGAGCUCGCGCUGCGCUCCGAAGGCUUCUGCGACAUCGACAUCCAAACGCUGGAGAGCAUCCUGCGCCGGGAGACGCUCAACGCCAAAGAGAUGGUGGUGUUUGAGGCGGCGCUGAACUGGGCGGAGGCCGAGUGCCAGCGUCAGGAGCUGCCCCCGACCAUUGAAAACAAGCGGGUGGUGCUGGGGAAGGCCAUCUACCUGAUCCGCAUCCCCACCAUGGUGCUCGAGGACUUCGCCAACGGUGCUGCGCAGUCCGGUGUGCUAACACUCAACGAGACAAACGACAUCUUCCUGUGGUUCACCGCCGCCAACAAGCCUGAACUCUUAUUCUGCACCAAACCCCGCAAAGGCCUGGCACCACAGCGCUGCCACCGAUUCCAGUCCUGUGCCUACAGGAGCAACCAGUGGCGAUACCGAGGUCGCUGCGACAGCAUCCAGUUCGCCGUGGACAAGCGUGUUUUCAUCGCCGGCUUCGGGUUGUACGGCUCCAGCUGCGGCUCGGCCGAGUACAGCGCCAAAAUCGAGCUGAAGCGCCAGGGCGUGCCGAUGGCGCAGCGGAUCAUCAAGUACUUCUCGGACGGCUCUAGCAGCACCUUCGCCGUGUGGUUUGAUCACCCGGUGCAGAUCGAGCCGGACACAUUCUACACCGCCAGCGUGGUGCUGGACGGAAACGAGCUGAGCUACUUUGGUCAGGAGGGCAUGACCGAGGUGCAGUGUGGGAAAGUGACCUUCCAGUUCCAGUGCUCGUCAGACAGCACCAACGGCACCGGCGUGCAGGGAGGUCAGAUCCCAGAACUCAUCUUCUACGCGUGACAACAGCGCCACCAAGAGUCCAGCUUCACUGCCACAUGAAGACCAGUUUCAGGACGCUGCUGAAGGGGGCGGGGCUCCCGCGUUAUCACCGACACUCGAUGCAGUUGAGGAGACUCUCGCGAGAUCUCGCAGAGAGAAUCUUAGGCCAGAUUUUCAACGUCCAAGAUCGCAGAAGUUAGAUCACAUGACGUAAAUGUUCAAACGUUCACGCACUUCAGCGACCGUAGCUACGCAGACGUUCACGAUGUUCACGAUCACUGCGACAUUCUGACUGUACGAACUGUACGAACUCCAUGAAGCACAACACUCUCCAGUCCAGUCAGUGGUGCUGUCGGAAUGUGGAUGUAGAGAUUUUUUUAGCAAUAAUAAUCACUCACAAUGACAAAUAUUUCACAUCUCGCACGCUAACAAAUAAUCCGCCUGAUUUAUUUUUAAGUGCCACAAGGGGGCGCUCCAGGACAUGGUUAAUCAUAACAGUCUGAUUUAAGAAGCAUUUACGAAAAAUAUAAUUUUUUUGUGUAUGUAAAUUAUUAUUUCAUCAGCUAACAAACCGAAGUCUCCGCCCAUUUACGAUUAAAGCACAUUUUUACAAUUAUUGCAAUAAUAACGUGGAGUAUUUUGACCAGGAAAGACGGCACGUUAUUUUAGAAUAAUUAUCGUCAACCUCAUCGUUUUCUUCCUACACCUGGAUGAUCGCCCCCUGGUGGUUGAUCAGAUCAUUCUGCCUUACAAACACUCCCAGUGCAUCAUGGGUAAUGAAGCAGCCACAGUGUGGAGUUUUUUUCCACUCCACUUCCUGUGGCGUCAUGAUUUAAAGGGACAGUAUGUUCCUGGUUAUCCAGAUAAUUUCAGCUUAAAUCCUGGCUUUUCUAAUCGCCAUGGUAAUUGAUGAUUCAGUCACUUUCUCUCGAACAUUUUAUUUGGAUAAACACUAAUUCACUAACACUGCUCCAGCACUUCCUGUGCUUUUAUUUUGAAAGAAAGUUGUCCGUUUCCCUUCUAA